CCCCCACCCUACCAGGGGCGCCGCAGGGAGGGAGCUCUGCCUUGGGGUGGGCCGACCUUGGGCUUCCACCUUCCCGCACACACAAAGGCUGUCCCCGGCGUGCACGGGGGAGCGCUCCUGCACAUAGACACAAAUGCACAAAGACGUGCACACCGUUCCAUCACACAAACACAGUCCCUAAUCGGCGGCGCACACGGUCGUGCACACGCACCGGCACACUAGCGUGUCUACACGCGCACGUAUAGACACCCCAGCGUGCACCCUCACGUACACCACACACACACACACACACACACACACACACACACACACACACACAGCUGGGCGCACGGCCGUGCGGACCCCCAAUGCCGACCUCGGGGCCCUGACGCGCCAGCCGCCCUGCCCUGGCGCGCGACGCAGGCACACGCAGACCCACGCGCAGGCACACGCACCCUCCCGCACUGUUCCACGCCCCUGGCCGCGGCCCGGGCGCUGUGCGGCGCGGCGGGCGGGCCCGGGGCGGGGGCGGCGGCGGCCGGGAGAGCGGAGGAGGCGGAGCAGGGAGCCGGGAGCCGGCUGGCCCGCGCUCCUCCUGCCGGCCGGGGAUUUUCCAGCCUGGGCGCUGUCGCCUCGGACCUCCUGCAGCCGCGGCGGACCAUGGGCGACAAAGGGACGCGCCACAAGAAGGAACGGGUGUGGCCAAGACCUAUGGUUUCUCCACCGUGAGUGCCGUGAGUGCCGUGUGGCUUGGAGCUGGCGAGGUGGGAGCCCCAUGGGAGAGUCCAUAGUUGCAAAGAGUUUGAUGUUUCCAGGGAAACAACCAAGGGUGUUCAAGAAGGCCAGCCCAAAUGGAAAGCUCACUGUGUAUCUGGGAAAGCGGGACUUUGUGGACCACAUCGACCUCGUGGACCCUGUCGAUGGUGUGGUCCUGGUGGAUCCUGAGUAUCUCAAGGAGAGGAGAGUCUAUGUGACACUGACCUGCGCCUUCCGCUAUGGCCGGGAGGACCUGGAUGUCCUGGGCCUGACCUUUCGCAAGGACCUGUUUGUGGCCAACGUGCAGUCCUUCCCGCCGGCCCCUGAGGACAAGAAGCCCCUGACACGGCUGCAGGAGCGCCUCAUCAAGAAGCUGGGCGAGCACGCCUACCCUUUCACCUUUGAGAUCCCUCCGAACCUCCCAUGCUCUGUGACAUUGCAGCCGGGGCCUGAAGACACAGGGAAGGCCUGUGGUGUGGACUAUGAAGUCAAAGCCUUCUGUGCUGAGAACCUGGAGGAGAAGAUCCACAAGCGGAAUUCCGUGCGCCUGGUUAUCAGGAAGGUUCAGUAUGCCCCGGAGAGGCCUGGCCCCCAGCCCACAGCUGAGACCACCAGGCAGUUCCUCAUGUCGGACAAGCCCCUGCAUCUAGAGGCCUCCCUGGAUAAGGAGAUCUAUUACCAUGGAGAACCCAUCAGCGUUAAUGUUCACGUCACCAACAACACCAACAAGACAGUGAAGAAGAUCAAGAUCUCGGUGCGCCAGUAUGCGGACAUCUGCCUUUUCAACACAGCCCAGUACAAGUGCCCUGUGGCCAUGGAAGAGGCUGAUGACACAGUGGCACCCAGUUCGACAUUCUGCAAGGUCUACACACUGACCCCCUUCCUGGCCAACAACCGAGAGAAGCGGGGCCUCGCCUUGGACGGGAAGCUCAAGCAUGAAGACACGAACCUGGCCUCCAGCACCCUGUUGAGGGAAGGCGCCAACCGGGAGAUCCUGGGCAUCAUUGUUUCCUACAAGGUGAAAGUGAAGCUGGUGGUAUCUCGGGGCGGCCUGUUGGGAGAUCUUGCAUCCAGUGAUGUGGCCGUGGAACUGCCCUUCACCCUAAUGCACCCCAAGCCCAAAGAGGAACCCCCACAUCGUGAAGUUCCAGAGAACGAGGCGCCAGUAGAUACCAAUCUCAUAGAACUUGACACAAACGAUGAUGACAUCGUGUUUGAGGAUUUUGCCCGCCAGAGACUGAAAGGCAUGAAGGAUGACAAGGAGGAAGAGGAGGAUGGCACUGGUUCUCCACAGCUCAACGACAGAUAGACUGGGGCCAGCCCUCCCUCCGGGCAGCUCCGGGUCUGCUCUCCUGCACUAAGAUGCUUAUUCGUCUUCUUCCUGUUCUCGUUCCCCCCUCCCCUUUGUUCUUCUAGUUUCUACCAGGGGGCCCAGUGUUCUUCCAGGUCACGGUGGUGAACCUCUGGCCUCAGGAUUGGCCCCACAUCACCAUGCCAACGAGGGUCACAUGGGCCACCUUCACCCCUCUCACCCCUGUCGCGGGGCACCCCUCCAGCCCCUCUCUUUUCCUGCUGACCCCCCAGAAAGGCCAUCCUGGCUCUGGCCUUGGAAUUUGACUUGGGAUGGGGAGCAGAACAGGGAGUGUGGGGCAUAGGGCUUGGAGGGGUGAGGUUGAGGGCUCAAGACGUGUGAGAGGGUGCCCACGGUCCUAGGUGGCUAACACAGUUCUGGCAGCUAAAAGAUGACUAUGCUGAGGGCCACCCUCUUCUGGCUGGGAGGGGCACACCUGUGGAUAGAUUCUUACUGCCUUCAGGCAGUUGAGACCCAUGAAACACCUCUCUGCAUCCACCCCUCCGUCCCCACCCUACAUGCCUCUGUGUCUGACAGUGACCCUCUGUGUCUGUGGUGAUGGUUUGCAGACCCCAGGAGUAGAGAAAAGCCACCAGACUGGCUUUCUCACCAGCAGUUACUCAGUCUAAGGCAAGCUGUGUGAACUAGCCCAUCUAUUUCAGUACUGUCAGGAUGUAACAUCCUAGCCACCUUGUAUCUUA